AUGGAGUCGAAUACCGAAGAGAAGUACUUUGGCCCAUUCGAGAAUAUCCAGUCUCCUGGAUAUCCAAUUCUGGCAGAUAUGAUGGGUCGUGUCGGAGAGAUUGCAAUAUUCCGGAAAUUUGGCGCAUUGAAUAUUCUCAAUCUGAUGAGUAUGCAGGCUGAAUUACUACAAUUAGAAGAUGAUCUAAAGGACAUCCUGGAAGCUUUUGAUGGAACAACUCCAAAACAACUGUUUUUACAGGAUUUCUAUGAGGUACGCAACCAGGAAGAUGGAAAGGAACUACGAGAUCAGAUGAAGGAGAUAAAAGCCAAACUAAACGAAUACAGUAAGUACAAUUCCUCAAAAUAGAACCUAGGGAGUCUAGAGACUUACUCAAUCUUCAAUAGAUAGCGCACUCUUGCAGGUCUCGCAGGUCGCCUCACUUCGUCCUCCUCGAAAAGCCAACUUACACUUUUUGCAUACCUGGCUCCGUGGGUUUUCACCCGGGCAAGGAAAUUCAUUUCAGAGGGGCACAGAAAGGAAGACUUGGGAGUUGAGGCUACGACUAGAUGAUUUUAUAACCGUGAAGAGUACCUCAGACGAGAAGGAUGCCACCACAGCUACCGUUACCGACAGAGCUAUUACUUGGUAUCACAAUGUUAUCGGUAGCAAUACAAGAGUAUGACACCAUCUCCAUCAUUAUUCCGUAUUCCAUUCUAUGACUAUAUAUUGGUUCUCUGUUAAAAAGUUCAAGAUAUUGAUCUCAUCUCUAGGCACCUAUUAAAAAAGGCACGGCAAUUAUUGAGUAUACUGUAACGGGCACUGCAACAAAAUACUUAGUCACACUAGUUUCAUCAAUGCUUCCCGCAGUCUCUAUACUAGGAUUGUACUUUGAGAAAGAUUUGCUGCAUAGAAUCUGGAUAAUGCUUGGGAUGACGUUCGUUUUCGCCGCGGCACUCUCUUUUGGUACAUCAGCUAAAAGGAUUGAAAUUUUCUCUGCGACUGCUGCGUAA